AAUCACAAAAGGGAGUGUGUGUGUGAAAAAUGGCUACAUUGCGUUUUAUUUUGCAGAAAAGUUGCAAUUUUAGCCAAUUUCCCGCGAAAAACGGUGGAAUUUCCGCAAUUAGAGGCUACACACAUCCCACGAGGUAUCCUCACUACUUCACAGCCACACGGGUCCUGUCAACGAGUAAAGUUCACGAGAGUAGCCAUGAGAAGAAGAAACCCAUCCCACUGGGUACGAGUGUCUUUGGGAAUCUCUUUGCCAAGAAAAGAGUGAGAAAAGGGGGCCAGCAUCAUCAGCAAGUGCGGACUUGUUACCAUCCUGGUGUCUCAUCAGGUGAUAGAGAAGCCUUUGGGGUUGAUGGACCAGAAGUUACACCCACGGACAUGAUAAAAGCCAUGAUGUCUUACAUUUGGCCCAAGGAUGAUGCUUUUAUCAGGAAAAGAGUUGUAAUCUCAUUGGGACUUUUGGCGAGUGCAAAGCUACUAAAUGUUGGUGUUCCAUUCCUCUUCAAGGGUGCUGUGGAUGCUCUCAGUGUUCUGAAUGUAAGCACACCAGCAGACACUGCGCUAACUCUGACAACAUCCCUCCUAAUUGGCUACGGUGUAGCUCGUGCUGGGGCUGCUGGCUUCAAUGAGCUUCGUAAUGCUGUCUUUGCACGCGUGGCACAGCACUCAAUCCGUCGGAUUGCCACAAAUGUCUUUAUGCACCUCCACAACCUCGAUUUGGCUUUCCACCUCAACCGACAAACGGGUGCGUUGUCCAAGACAAUCGAUCGCGGAUCUCGUGGCAUAAAUUUCGUCCUUUCCGCCAUGGUGUUCAACAUUGUCCCCACAAUCUUCGAACUAGCGCUCGUCUCGAGUAUUCUUGGGCUCAAAUGUGGGGCUGCUUUUGCUGGUAUCUCAAUGGGAUGCGUUGGUGUUUACGCCCUGUACACACUAACAGUCACCCAGUGGCGUACAAAGUUCCGUGUCUUUAUGAAUCAAGCUGAGAAUGAGGCGGGGAAUAAGGCAAUAGACUCUCUCAUCAACUACGAAACCGUCAAGUACUUUAACAAUGAGAAAUUCGAAGCACAGCGCUACGAUUCAACGCUGAAGAAGUACGAAGAUGCAAGCCUGAAGACAAGCUCGAGUCUUGCAAUGCUGAAUUUUGGCCAAAAUGCCAUCUUCAGUGUUGCCCUGAGUGCAAUUAUGGUGCUAGCUGCGAAGGAAAUAGCCGCUGGAAAUAUGACUGUGGGGGAUCUCGUGAUGGUCAAUGGGCUUCUCUUCCAACUCUCCAUUCCCCUUGGCUUCCUGGGUAGUGUCUACCGCGAAGUGCGUCAAGCUCUUCUCGAUAUGCGCUCAAUGUUUAUGCUAAUGAGCAUAGAUACGACAAUUGCCAACAAACCCAGUGCACCGUACCUCUCAAUUGAUCGUGGGAAUGCCUCAAUUGAAUUCCGGGAUGUUUCCUUUCAGUACGAAACGGGAAAGGCUGUCUUCGAUAAGCUUUCCUUCUCAAUUCCCACGGGGAAGAAAAUUGCCUUUGUCGGUGGGUCAGGAAGUGGCAAGUCAUCAAUGGUACGUCUGCUGUUUCGCUUCUUUGAACCCACAUCCGGAGAUAUUUUAAUUGGUGGUCAGAAUAUUCGGGAUGUGGAUUUGAAUAGCCUAAGGAAGGCCAUAGCGAUCGUACCGCAGGAUUCAGUCCUCUUCCACGACACAAUACGCCACAAUAUUCACUAUGGGAAUCUCCGGAAGGAUCAAGCGGAGGUGGAGGUGGCGGCAAAGAUGGCAGAUCUCCAUGAUUCAAUCGUUCAAUGGCCCAAAGGCUACGAUACGCAAGUCGGUGAGCGGGGACUUAAGCUUUCUGGCGGUGAGAAGCAGAGGGUGGCCAUUGCAAGGGCAAUCCUCAAGAAUGCUCCCAUUCUAGUCUUUGACGAAGCCACGAGCAGUUUAGAUUCCAUAACGGAACAUAAUAUCCUCCAAGCCUUGUCUCGUGCUACGGAAGGGCGAACCAGUAUCUGUAUAGCCCAUAGGUUGUCCACCGUAAUGGAUGCAGAUGAGAUUUUUGUCCUUGAAAAUGGACGUGUUGGUGAUCGUGGGACGCAUCAGGAGCUCCUCCAGAAGGGUGGGCUGUAUGCCAAAUUGUGGGAAACGCAGAAUAUGAAGUAAAUGCUGCAUGUACAAUAAAAUGGUGUAAAAAAAAAUUAAAUAAUUUAAACGAAA